CUCGUCUUGUAGCUAGCUUGCUAGCUAGUUGACAACAAUGGGCGAUAGUGAGCAGGUAGAGUGGAAGUUUAUGAAAUUAUACCUUACCGAUAUUGUAAAAACUAUUUCGGAUAUAUCUGGAACACGGAGGUCGAAAGGAAGUAGGUAGCAUGCUUGUUUAUCUACAAAAUGUUAACGUUAUAAGCUAGCUAUUAGCUGCUUUAUGUUUCAGCAAAUGCAGAAUCAUCAGGCAAGCAACCGCCCUUCAUCCAAGCAGGCAAGGUCUGCAAGUAGGGUUUUUGAAUUUACACUGCAGCAUCUAGCAGCGCGAGCUAAUACCUGAGAACAGCACAGAAGCAUAGGCUAUCUGGCAAUGAGAAAUAAUCCAACCUUUUGAUUCGCUGCGAACACAUCUAGUCAACCUUAGUUGGGCCUAAAUUAAUACAUAAUAACUUAAUUGGGGAUUGUUGUUACAAACUGUUUCUGUAUAAUUAUCCUUGGAAAACCUAAUUAGAAAUACAACAUAUUUAGUCCAUAGAAACUACAUUUUGUAUUUUAUUCUACUCUACACUGCAAAAUGACAGCAUAAUGCUCUCUCCACCAUGCAGUUUACACUCAUAUUUAAUAAUAUCUUCAAUAACAAUUAUUGAAUAUAUUCUUAUGGACAUGUUUUAUACAACUUUGUAAAACCUGUAUUGAUAGAGAUGUUCCAGAAAUAAUCUUAGAAUGAUAAAUGUUUUUUUACAACUUUGGAAUUAUAAAAAUUAAGUAAAAAACGAAUGUAACCCCACCCCUCUGUUUCCCACAGAACCCGUUGCCUAUCAUGAAGAACAACAGCCGGAGGUGGCCAAUUCUCAAAGCUCUGAGAGUCAGCUGAGAACUCCCCAGAGAAACUUCCUGAGGCAAAGUCCCAGGACGCAUUCUAAUGUCCUAAAAGGAGAAGUGAGGGGCAUUUCUCCCGUGUCUGGUUCUGGGGAGGAGAGCGACAAGGAGGCCUCCCCACCAAAAAGGAGGACCAGAAUAAGCAGCUCCAAAAAGACAAGAACAAAGUCUCACUCAAAGGAUUAUGAUGAAUGUUCUGGGUCUGAGCCUGACGAGCAGCCAGAAGAGAGCACAAAAAGAAAAAGUAAGCAUAGCAACUCAAAAAAGAAAAGGUCCAACAUUAGCUGCAAGGAGGAGGAUAAUGACAAUUUGUCAGAUGAACAAACUGUGGUGGCUUCCUCCAGAAAAGGGAGGAGGAAACGUAGUGACUUCAAUGUAUUUGAAGCAGAGACUGAAAAAUAUAAUACUGCGCCUGAGGUGGAGGAAGUUGUGGAGGAGGAGACUGAAGUGGCCUCUGCUUCUAAGAGGAGGAAACAGCGCACCCCCCAAAAAAAUAACUAAGCCUUGUGCAGAGGACAAAGCUAAAAGUGACCAUUAUGAGUUGGUAGAACAGACUGAAGAAACUCCCCCUAGAAAAAAACGUAGCAAGUCUAAAAAGGUAAGAGCCAGGACUACUACCUCUGAAAACGUGGUGGAAGUUGAAAGCGACCACUUCAAGAUGGAAAAACACGCUGCAGCUAAAGAGACUACCCUCAGAAAAAGACAGAGGAGGUCUAAGAUAUCUAAAAAGAAGCGAUCCAAGAGUCCUCCCAAGGAGGCCAGCGAAUCAAGCAAACAUGUUUCCAAGACUCGGCCUAAGGACUUGCAUGAAGAAGAGCGUGACCAAGAUGCCAAGACUCAGUCUAAGGACCUAAGUGAGGAGAGUGACCAAGACUUCCAGACGGAGCCUAAAGACUUAAGUGAAGAGGAGUGGCACCGUUCUGACCAUUCAGAGGAGGAGACGGAACAGGAGGUGUUACCUGCAAAGAGAAAAAGAGGACCCAAGAGCAAGAAGACAGUGAAGUCAGAUUCUGAAAACGUCACUGUUAAAAAGCAAUGCGCCACGGGUUUGAAGGCACCCAGAAUAAGAUUCAGACCACCUAUAGAGAAAAGGAUAAGGGUGAAAACACUUAAUAUUUGCAGUUUCUGUGAAAAGGUCCUGCCAAACAGGGCUGCGCUGAGUAGGCACCUUCAGCGUCACACAGGGGAGAAGCCUUACCACUGUGAAGAGUGUGGCAAAGACUACGGCAGCAAAACCACCCUGAAGAUUCACAACAUGCAGGUUCACCACAAGGGGACAAAGGACUUCAUAUGCAAU